UACACAAGAAGUCGGACACGGAAUCGUUAUAGAGGUCAUGAAGCUAAAUGUGCCCUGCUCCAAGGGGUUCAUGAAAUUCUCAGGGUUGAAUGAAAGUCAUCAUUCUAGACAAGAAGAUAGUUACGUCUAUGUCAAGAGUCACAAGCAAACUCCCCUGUGCGGUAAACUUGAAGAACUCUCAGAAGAAGAACGACACAUUUACUUCCCGUCUUCGCAUAUCCAGCCGGCGAUGCACUUACGUGGAAAUCCAGUUUUUGCUAUCGCAUACCGACUUGUCGACCACUGUUACAACGUCACUUUCCUAUCAACCAAUGGAUCAUUCGAAUUACGUCCGAACAGUCAGCUCCAGUGUACCUACAAGAUAUUUCUGCCUUAUGGAAAUAGAGUUGUUUUGAAGAUGUGGGUAGGGGACACUACUGUCGCAGGCUCUUCAGGCACCGGUAUCAACUUCCAGGAUUCUCGGAAUGACGAUAUUAAUUGUGAGGGACUGUUAACAGAGCUGCAAGACGGUUCAUCUUCGUGGUUCCAUUGCACGAAGAUUGGUCAUGAAGAAAGGCAGAUAGAAUUAGUCUCCAGACAAAAUAGAGUGGUUCUCAAAGUGACUGUUAGGAAUCCUUUAUCUGAUCAAGUUGUAUCAACAGGGACUUUCGCGAUGCGCAUGUCCUAUCACGCUGAACCGAUUGAAAGUGUGGUAGGGGUAUGCGAAUUCGGAUGGAUUAAGCUGAGACAGUUUUGUAUUUCCGCGAUGGAGGGGGUGAAGUUACCGUGGAGGCAGGCGGAAAUAGAGUGUGCGCGUAAGGACGGACAUCUUCUUAGUUUGAGGAGUGAAAGGGAUCAAACAGUGUUGGAUAAUUUAUUGAUGAACAGUCCAGGUUAUCGAGAUGAUAAUGCAUAUUGGAUCGGAGCAUCGGAUGAAAGUCACGAAGGAGAUUUCAAAUGGACGGAUGGACUUCCAUUUUCUUAUUCCAAUUGGUUCCCAGGAUGGCCUGAGUACGGCAAUUACAACCAUCAGCCGAAUGAUGACGGUCUCAGCGAGCAAGAUUGUGUCGAAGCAAGGCGAAUGUUCGCCCUAACGCACGCCUCGCAUCGACUAGCCACUACCUUCAUGUGGAAUGACAGAGACUGUUCAACGCCCAAUUAUUUUGUCUGCGAGAGGUUGCAGAGUAAGGAUCCCUUAGAACAUUCCUGGUUACCCAACUGUAAUAGAACUGUGUUCUUAUCAAGAGACCAGCCAAAAUCUCUGGUAUCAAGUCCAGGGUUCCCUCGACAAUAUCCGGAUAAUGCAAACUGCGAUAUUGAUAUCACUGCCACACCCGGCUUCAGAAUAAUAUUGGAUUUUGAAGAACUGGUACUAGAAAAUGAAUCUUCUUGUAGCUACGACUAUCUUCUCAUCAUGGAAAGCUUCAACGAUUCGACUUGGAAUAAUAUGUCAACAUCAACGAAACGCCUCUGCGGGGACUGGAGCGCCAAACUGAAACUUUUGCGAUACGUCAGUCAUACAUCAAAACUCAAGCUGAGAUUCUCCUCAGAUUAUUCGCACCACUUCGGGGGAUUCAAAGCCAGAGUUUCUAUGGAAAUUGGUAAGUGAGCAAGAAGUAUCUAUCAAAUUAGUUCAUCCAAAGACUGUUCAACUAAUCAUGA